AAUAAUAUUUUCGCAUUAUAUUCAGUUGCGAUAUAUAUAUAUAUAUAUAUUUAUAUACAGUAAAAAGAAACAAAAAACAAUCAUGAUUUUAUAUGCUUAAUUAUUUUCUUGACCAGAAUCAGAGGAUAGAAAAGUAAUGCUAUAAAGAAUUAAAUUUAACCAUGGCAACCUCUGCAGAAGAAAAGGAACUUGCAGUUCGAAAUCUUUUAAAAACUGCUCCAAAGCCUCAAUUGCACAUACAUUUAGAUGGAUCGCUUUCAUUCGAUUUUAUAAAGUCUUCUGCUAAAAGAAUGAAAUUACAAGAACCCGAAAGAUUUGCUUCGCUGUUUCCUUUAAAUAUUGAAAAUUUAUCCGAGAACGAAAUUAGCAAUUACCUCUGGUCCUUAAAAGAGGUGCAACACAUACAAGGAGAUAUUGUAUCUGGAAAUGGAAACUGGAAAAUGUUUGACUUUUGCAAUCAGUUCCUUCAAACAAAGUUGGACUUGAAGGAAGCUGUAUACGAUCUUGUUAUGAGACAACAUCGAGAAUAUGGGGUAAACUACAUAGAAAUUCGUUUUGCUCCUAAACUACAUAACUUAUGCGGGUUGUCCGAUAAAGAAGUAGUUACAAGUACUCUGGAUGGAUUUGAAUCUGCAAAAAAAGAUCUUUCUAACAUUGGCGUUCAUUUGAAUGGAGGAUUAAUACUGUGCGCUUUGCGUUCUCAUUCGGUUGAAGAUGCUAAAAAUGUGUUAAAACUUGUUCUAGAGACAAACGCUCUUGGGUUUGACAUUGCUGGAGACGAAGGCAGCUAUCCAUUAUUGUUGUUUGAAGGAGUUUUGAGAGAAGCAAAAAAUCAAGGAUGUUUUAUAACUGUUCAUGCCGGUGAGUGGAGUUCUCUGGAUUAUCCAACAGUACAAGAUAAUCUUCGUCUAGCAGUAGAUAUUGGUGUACAUAGAAUAGGUCAUGGUUUAGACUUAAAAAAUUCUCCAGAAAACUUAAUUAAUGAUGUACUUUUAAAAGAUAUAGGUGUUGAGGUAUGUUUAACAGAAAACUGCGGUAACCCUGAUCGAUGUACUGGAUAUGCAGAUCAUCCAAUAAAAUAUAUGCUUGAAAAUAAAAUAAAAGUGUGCGGAUUAAACUGCGAUAAUACAUUACUGUCUGGAAACAGAAUAAUUGGUAGACCUGAUCCUUUGACUGAAUGUGUUCGCGCGUUACUUAGAGUAAAGGUUGCGCCAAACGCCCUCGUAGAAAUAAUAGAAAAUGCAUACAAGAGUGGUUUUCAAAAUGAUGCACUAAAACAAGCAGUCGAAUCUGGAAAAGUUUGGCGCGAAAACUAUCUACCAAAGCUUAUUGAAAUAAUGAAUGAAUAAGGGUUUUAGAUAAGUAGCUGUCCUAUUGGAUUUUAACAUAAUGCCAAUAAAAAUGGUGUUUACUGUGGUUUUCAAAAACUUUAUGUAAUAUAUAAAUGUGCUAUUUAUUUAUUUGUUUAUUAAUGAAUUUUACGCAAACGUAAAAAAAUAUUGUGACAAAACUUAAAAUACUUUAAUUUGGUGGGCGGUACACUUCAUGUAGUUUUACUUAACAAAAUCAAAAAUAAUGACAAUUUUUUCGUUUUUAAAAUUUUUGUUGCUCAGUAAAUUUUGUCGAUAUGAGACUACUUUUGUUUUUCGUAGAUUAAAAGUACAAAAAAAUUCAGGUUGUGUAGCUAUUUUUUUUUUAAAUAAUUUAAUGUUUUGUAUGUAUGUAAAAAAUUACUUAUCUAUAUUUUAUGGCGAUUUAAAUUUUUUUUUGUUUUGUCUUAUGAAAAUCUCUUUUUAUUAUAUUGUAGAAAAAUGGAUGUUCUGGAUAUAUUGAAAAAAAAAAAAAAAUACCCGAAUUUCAAUGAGUUUCCUCAUAGAAGGAUAUUUCUGCGUUUCAUCAUGGCGCUUCAUAGUCAAUGUCAUAAACUUUUGCAAAGACAAAUCUUAUGAAAAAAACAAAUAAAAUAAAUAAACACCAAAUAAAUAAAAAUUGGCAAAACGCAGCCCACACUACUGGUCAGCACAAAGCAACCUACACUACAGUUUAAAAAAAAUAGUAUUAAUAAAAAAACUCUUUAAAAAGCUUGUAUGAUUUAUGUCAGAACCAGAAACGUUAGUAAAAUUGAUGGUACGAUUAAACUCAGCAUGGUGGUUUAACGGCUUGAGCGCUUCAUAAAGCAAGACUAUGUUAUCUUGAAAAGCAAGACUUUGUCUACUUAAAAUGUAAUAAUCUCUCACUUUAAAAUAAAAACCUUUUGUGGUAA